GCCAGUUCCAAUGGACGAAUUAAACUACUACAAGCUAUUUUUACAAAGUAUUUUAUUUACAAAACAAGAAGUAUGAUGAUAUUUAGAAACAAGAUGAAAUAUUUCUAACAAAAUAGUCGAUGAACCAAGGCUCAAAAUGUCUGCUGAAUCUGAUAUGGAAUAUUCUGACAAUGAUGGCGAUGAUUAUGAUUAUUACGGUGGCCAAGAUGACUGUGACAUGGAAACUGUAGACCGAAGCAAGUCUGACCCUGAAUAUUUCUUGUAUUCUUGCCUCAAAGUCGAAGAGGUUGAGAAAUUGUUAAAUGAAUCGAUUGAACUGCUUAGCAACAGCCUUCAAGUUACGCCUUCACUAGCCAAGGUCAUGUUACAUGCAUAUGAAUGGAAUGCUCAAGAGAUAAUAAGUAAAUAUAAGGAAAAUGCAUUUGAAGUCUUGGUAUAUAGCCGAGUGAAGCCUCGUACACCAACACUGCAGGGCAGCUCAAAUCGUACAGCUUGUGCUGUUUGUGCUAACACUCCUCCUAUCCACAAUUAUAGUGCCUUGGCCUGUGGACAUUAUUUCUGCAAUGAUUGUUGGGCUAUGCACUUUGAAGUACAAAUUAUGCAAGGUGUAUCUAAUACCAUACAAUGUAUGGCUCAAGACUGUGAAGUAAGAGCUCCAGAAGAUUUUGUAUUAUCACAUGUUCCUAAACCCUCACUAAGAGAGCGAUAUCAGCAGUUCAUGUUUAAAGAUCAUGUUAAGUCACAUCCACAACUAAGAUUUUGCCCUGGUCCCAACUGUCAGUGGAUAUUCAAAGCAUGGAUUCGAGAAGGUGCUCGUAGAGUUGAAUGCCGUGGAUGUGAGUUGCUCACUUGUUUUUCGUGUGGCGCCCCUCAUCACGCUCCAACCGACUGUAUUACAAUACGCCGUUGGUUAACCAAGUGUGCAGAUGAUACUGAGACUGCUAACUAUAUCAGUGCACAUACCAAGGAUUGCCCAAAAUGUCAAAUUUGUAUAGAGAAAAAUGGUGGUUGCAAUCAUAUGCAAUGUGGUGCAUGCAGACAUGAUUUUUGUUGGGUUUGUUUGGGAGAUUGGAAAGCUCAUGGUUCUGAAUAUUAUGAAUGCAGCCGUUAUAAAGAAGAUCCUAAUUUGGCUAAUGAUAGUCAACAUGCUCAGGCACGGGAGGCACUUAAAAAAUACUUACAUUAUUAUGAGAGAUGGGAGAACCACGCCCGAUCUUUAAAGUUGGAGGAACAAACCUUAGCUAAUCUCAAAAGUCGUAUCAACCAGAAGGUGAUGGCUGGUGAAGGAACAUGGAUUGAUUGGCAGUAUCUAUGGGACUCGGCUAAGCUUUUAAAACGUUGUCGAUAUACUCUUCAGUACACUUAUCCAUUUGCUUAUUAUAUGGAAGUUGGACCUCGAAAGGAACUAUUUGAAUACCAACAGGCCCAGUUAGAAGCAGAAAUAGAAAACUUGUCUUGGAAAGUAGAACGCGCAGAGACUACUGAUCGUGGAGAUUUAGAAAAUCAAAUGGAUAUAGCUGAAAAGAGACGUACUACCCUACUAAAAGAUUUCCUAGAUAUUAAUGUUGCCUCUAGUAGCAGUAGAGUUUAAAUGUUGACCUCGCAAAACGCAUUUAUAUCCUUCAAAAUGUCAUCAAUCAGUAUGUGUGUAUGAUUAUGUACUUGUAAAAGCUAGAUUUUUCUUUCUGCCAAAGUAUAUUUAUUAACACGAAUUUGCAAUAAAAUAGAGUAAUU